AACUAGCUCUUUCUCCAAACUUAAUACACUUGUUCAAAACAUUUCCUCUUUUCCCUCUCUGACAACUCUCAAAGGCACCAAGAUCACAUACUUGUUAGUACUUUCUUUCCUUCCGUUUCAUUCAACUCGACUUGCAAAUGGAAAGAGCAAUGAGUUUACCCCUUCAGCCUCCAACUUAUGGAAAUUCGAUCACCAUUCUGAGCAUCGAUGGUGGUGGGAUAAGAGGGCUUAUCCCUGGAACCAUUCUUAAUUUUCUAGAGUUGGAGCUUCAGAAACUAGACGGCGAAGACGCAAGAAUCGCGGACUACUUCGACGUUAUUUCUGGAACAAGCACCGGCGGCCUCGUUACUGCCAUGCUAACCACUCCCAAUGAAAACAAUCGCCCUGUAUUCGCCGCAAAAGACAUCAAAGACUUCUACCUCAAUCACUGCCCUAAAAUCUUUCCCCAAGACAGUUGCCCUUUCACACCGGUUACGAAGAUGAUCAAAGCCAUGGCGGGACCCAAAUACGAUGGAAAAUACCUUCACAAUGUCGUGAGGGAGGAGCUUGGAGACAAAAGAUUGCACCAAACAUUGACAAACGUCGUGAUACCGACGUUCGACAUCAAGAGCCUUCAGCCAACUAUUUUCUCUAGCUAUCAGGUGAAGAAAGAUCCGAGCGUGGAUGCCUUGCUCUCGGACAUAUGCAUUUCGACCUCGGCCGCACCAACUUAUCUCCCGGCCCAUCAGUUUGAAACCAAGGACUCCACAGGCAAAGUGAGAGAAUUUAACCUCAUCGAUGGUGGCGUAGCCGCAAAUAAUCCGACAUUGGUUGCGAUGGGAGAGGUGACCAAGGCAAUUAUUGGAGGAAGUUCAGACUUCUUCCCUAUAAAACCAAUGGAUUACCGGAGGUUCUUGGUGAUCUCACUCGGGACAGGAACAAGGAAGACUGAGGGGAAAUACACUGCACAUGAAGCAGCCAAGUGGGGAGUGCUGGGUUGGUUGACCAGCGGCGGUUCGCCAUUGAUCGACGUCUUCAGUCAAGCCAGCGCAGACAUGGUCGACUACCAUCUCUCCGCUGUGUUUCAAGCCCUACAACUCCACGACAAUUAUCUUAGGAUACAGGAUGAUACAUUGAGUGGUGUUUUAUCAUCAGUGGAUGUGGCCACGAAAAAGAACCUGAACGACCUGGUCAAAACUGGUGAGGCAUUAUUGAAGAAGCCGGUCUCUAGGGUUAAUUUGGAGACCGGGGUGUGCGAGCCCACGUCCAACCAAGAGACCAACGAAGAGGCUUUGAUAAGGUUUGCUAAAUUACUCUCCCAAGAGAGACAGCUUCGCCUCGCAAGGUCGCCUCAUGGACAUGCCAAUACACCGAAGUGAUUAUAAUCGAGAGGGCUAGCGAUCUUCUUGCAUAAUUUUGUGGAUUUGUAAUUUCGAGACGGGGACAAAGUAUAUGUCUUUUUAAAAAAAAUUCCUUAAAGAUUCUUUUAUUCUUGAAUAAACCCUUUGGGGGAUAGGACUAAGAUUUUCUGCAAUUCUUUUUCUAUUGUUUGAUCAGUCGUUAGACACGAAUGAUUGUAAGCUAAUUCUCUAUGGAAUAAAAUUCUCAUUACCGCCA